AUGCUGAAAUUCGGAUUUGGAGAUGUGCUGUCAACCCAUUGCAUGUGUGGAUUCUCAGCUGGUGCUUGUGCCACGUUUUUAGUAUCGUUAAUACAUAUAGCGAGAGUAAAACGAUUUAAUGCCAAGCAAGGCCAAUAUAAUUGAAUUUGGGAAUUUGCAUUUAAAACGCUAAAGAAUCAUGGUAUCUUUAUCUUCCAUAAUGGGCUUGCCACAUUGUGAGAUUUGGAGCAUGGAGCAUGGUUAUAAUUUAUGCGACAUAAUAGAUUGCAUACCCCAACAGAAUGCCGAUCAGAAAAAAUAUGGUCUAUUGCGCCUGCUUUAUAUAGUCUAAGUCUGUUUAGGUAUCUUAAAACGAUAAACGAAGAUUUUUCCUUUUCUCUCUUCUUUUCAAAAAAGCUGACUUGUGCAAUCAAUUUUGAAAAUUAAAAUGAACGGCCAAUAAUAAUCCAAAAUAUUUCAGCGGCUAUAUGUUUGCAUCUUUUGAAAGUGUGAAAAGAAUUGUUUUACAAAAUAUGUAAAGGACUGAGAAUUUUAAACAUUAGAACCAAAUUAGAUAAAUAA